AUGUCUGAAUACAAUGCCCAAACCACAGCCGAAGAGAUGGCUCGAGAUUGUCAAGCUGCCAUCGUCAACAAAAACAUCCUCGUGACAGGUGUUAGCCCCGGUGGUCUGGGUGCCGAGUUCGCCAAGGUCAUCGCCCCUUACGGCCCAUCGCUCAUCAUCCUUGCCAAUCGUGAUCGACCUAAGGCUCAGGAGACGCAAGCAGAAAUCCAACGAAUUGCACCGUCCGUGGCCACUCGCAUCCUGAACCUCGAUCUAAGCUCUCAGGCUCAAGUUCGCAACGCGGCCAAAGAAGUCCUGACAUACAACGAACACAUCGAUGUCCUGGUGAACAAUGCCGGAGUCAUGGCAUCACCCUUUGCAUUGUCCGACGACGGAGUGGAAACCCAGUUCGCUAUCAACCACGUCGGCCACUUUCUGUUUACAAACUUGAUCAUGAGUAAGUUAGUGGCGCCGGGAAAGACCGGUCGCGUGGUGAAUGUAUCCAGCAACGGCCAUGAACUGGGACCCGUCCGGUUCCAUGACUGGAACUUUGAUAACGGGAAGAAUUAUGACAUCUGGUUGGCGUAUGCGCAGGCCAAGUCGGCCAACAUCCUCUUCUCCGUAUCACUUGCGCAGAAACUCGGCGACAAGGGUCUCGUCUCCGUCAGUUUACAUCCUGGGACCAUCAACACGCAUUUGUUGAGGGGUGACUGGGACACAUCGUUCAAAGCCCUUGUGAAGUGGUUUAGAGUUUUGGGAUAUUUCCGUACCGGGCAGAGUGAGUUCACUUGGAAGUCUAUGUCUCAGGGAGUGGCGACCCAUGUCUUUGCGGCCUUUCAUGAAUCUCUGUCGUCGCUGGAGAGCAACGGUUCUUAUUUACAAGACUGCACCAUACUGAAGCCGGAACAGGUCCGCAGUUGGGCCCGGGAUCCGAUCGAGGCCGAACAGCUGUGGAAGUUGACAGAGGAUAUUGUCAAGGAGAAGUUCGAUUAUUAGAAGGGGAGAUAGCAGAAAGGGGGAUCAAGGAUGAUGAAACCGUUCAAGCUUCAUUGCAGGAUUGUGGAUGUUGGAAGAAUAUGGGUUAAUUUGGAUGCACUAGCUUCUUUGAAGUCAAUGAAUGGAGGCCUCCUUGAUGAUGUCUAGGAAAACCGCUUCUGAUGGUAAUUUCUAUGAAUCAGCAGCAAGUAGAAAGGGCGUUUUUUUAUGGCCC